AUGUCAGAUUCCAACAACACUCUUCAUCUUCCAUUGCCGGAAUACUCCACCACCGGUGACCCACUAACCAACCUCUCAGCGAUCCAACACCGAGUCGACUCAUUGAGUCGCAUCCUAUCCAACUCGGUCAACCGCAACACCCCUCUGUCAAAGAACGACUCCAACACGAUCACCGCCGAGUUAACCUCCGCCAUCCACCACGUCGUAAUCAACGGCGCAGCCCUCCUUUCCUCGUCUCAUGUAGCCCACCACAGCCCACAAAUGGACAGUGAGAAUCCCGAGAUAGUUGAACUAGACGCGAUGGAGCUCACAGCUGAAUACACCCACACCUGCCAAGUUUGUGGGAAGGGAUUCAAACGAGAUGCCAACCUACGGAUGCAUAUGCGGGCACACGGAGACAGAUUCAAAACCCUCGAUUCCCUCAUGAAGCCGGGCAAUCUUAAAAAAUCCGAGGGUUUUGGUCGGGAAACGAGGUUUUCGUGUCCGUAUGUCGGUUGCAAUAGGAACAAGAAGCACAAUGAAUUCCGGGCAUUGAAAUCAGUGGUUUGUGUGAAGAAUCAUUUUAAAAGGAGCCACUGUCCAAAGAGGUUUCCGUGUAACCGGUGUAAGAAGAAGCGUUUCUCGGUGUUGUCGGAUUUGAAGAGUCAUAUGAAGCACUGUACGGUGGUGGCGGUGGCGGUGGUGGACGAAAAUACGUGUUCGUGUUCGUGUGGGAGAAUGUUUUCAAACAAGGAAGAAUUGUUUGAGCAUAUGUCAUUGUUUGAAGGACAUAUGCCAGCUAAUGUUGUAGUUGAAGAAGUUGAGAAAUGCAGGUCGGGAUUGGUUGAGGUUGAGGUUGAGGUUGAGGAUGAUCAAAUGGGUUUGUGGUCUUCAAUUGAGGAGUUGAUUCAAUUCUGA